AUGUCCAGUAAAAUGGAAGCAACAACUGGUGGAAGUGGUGGCACUUCAGGUGGUGCCAGUGCUAACAUUAGUACAAUUGGUAAAACUGGAAGUAUAUAUCCAAAUAAAGAAGGGUAUGGACAGCAAGGGAAUGAAGAAGAUUAUGGAGGAAGUGAUAAUGAAAUUCAAGAAGAGUAUGGACAGCAAGGGAAUGAAGAAGAAGAUAGAAAUGGAGACGACUAUGGAAAUGUAGCAAAUGAUGGAAGAGACAAGGAAUUAGAUGAUGACUUUGACAGGGAACUCAAUGCCACAUCAAAUGAAGAGAAAGAGGACGGGGAUGAGGCAAUUGAAAAUUAUGAAGAGGAAUAA